UCUGCUGUAUUUUCCGCAUCACGGCUUCCCAUUUGAUAAAUACACAUUUUUUCAGGGGAGAAUUAAUUCAUUGGAAAAUAAUAAAAUUUAUAUUAUAUUAGAAUGCCGCGUGAUUACGAUCGUGAAUAUACCAGUGAGGACACAUCAGAUUAUAAACGAAAAAGGCCACGCAAUGAUGAUGAAAGCAAUAAUGAGCAGGGUGUUGGUGGACAAGAAAUACAGAGUACCAGUGCCCAUGAUGUUGUGCCACCACUUAAUGAAAAAACCGCAGGAUAUUUAGACGAAUGUUUGCAAGAAAAAAAACAACUUGAUUCCAACAAAUAUAAUGUGUGCAAGAAACUAUUGGACGAUGAAAUUGAACGCAUUCUAGUUAGUGGUCGCAUUCCCAAACCUGAAAUCUAUGCCAAUGUCUAUAGCGAAAAACCAAUUAGGGUGGCUCAAAAGGUGUGGUUCCCCAUCAAAGAGUAUCCCAAGUUUAAUUUUGUCGGCAAGAUUAUGGGUCCCAAGGGAAACACCUUGAGGCAAUUGCAAGAAGAAACAUUUUGCAAAAUGACAGUUUUGGGCCGUAACUCUAUGAGGGAUCACGCCAAGGAGGAGGAACUUCGUAAAUCGGGAAAUCUAAAGUAUGCACACUUGAGUCGUGAUUUGCAUAUAGAAAUAUCAACAGUUGCUCCCCCCUCAGAGGCAUAUCAUCGUUUGGCUUAUGCUUUGGCAGAGGUAAGAAAAUUCAUGAUACCAGAUGCCAAUGAUGAUAUACGUAUUGAACAAUUGCGGGAAAUGGAUGGAAAGGAACGUUUCUAUAAGAAAUCUCACUAUGCAAAGGCAUAUGGCGAACAUGCGGCACCCUAUAGUAGCAGAACACCUCCUCCGCCACCACCUUUUGAAAAAUCCAAGCCAAAGGUAUAUUCUAUAUUGGAAAAGGCACGUUAUGUUAUGGAUGAUCCCGGCUACACUAUGAUCAAGUCUCAUAGACCACGUGAACACGAUUUAUAUGAACAUCCCAGUGAGUAUGAUAGGUAUGGUACUCCGCCACCACCACCUUCUUCCAAACAUUCAAGUCAUCAUGCCCCCUAUGAAAGCUCAUCGUAUGAGCGUGAUUAUAGACGUGAAUACCAUCCCCAUUCCUCUUCCUAUGCAGCAGCAGCCUAUGCAGCUAAAAGCAGUAAUGGCCGCUCCUCGUCAUCGGCAUAUCGGCCGACCUCCACAACUUCACACUCGUCGUCGCACUAUGAGACUGGUGGUUCCCGUUCCCGAGAAAGUGUACGAUAUCGUUCAGCACCAUAUCCAAAAAUACGUUAAUAUACAGCCAAAACUAAAACUAAAAAACACCACGCUACCACCAACAGCAAUAAGCGGCUUAAAAUCUCCAAUGAAAAGCAAAAAGAAAUGUCUAAAAUAAAAAAUUCAACACAUAGAACAUCUAAACUGAAACUGAAAUCAACAACAACAACAACAACAUAAAUGCCUGGCUGAAAUAUCAGAUUUGAAAUUUGAAGAUGAAAUAAAAAAACACAAAACAAAAGGAACAAAGAACAACAAAAAUAAUUAAAAGAAAAACAAAAACAAAUCAACAAAACACAAUGUACUAAAAUAUGAGUAUAUUUAAAUCAAGUUUUAAAUUAAUAAUAAAAACAAAAUAUAAAAUUAUGACAAAAAAAAAAAAUAAUAAAACAAAACCGGUGAAGACCGACAGACAAAGAUUUGCCUUUGCCAGGUUUGCAAGACAAUUUAACUUGGAAGUUGUUAGCACUAAUAUCUUAAAGUUUCAUCAAGCAAAUUUUGUUAAAUGUUUGCUUCUCAGUAUGAUAAGCACGAUUUAAACCGAUAUUCCAAUUUGAUUUCUUGAGCCUCUUAAUCGUAGCUCUUCAUAUAUUUUUGAUUGGAUAUUUCCAUGUAAAGGUCUCCAAUUUGGGUCUAAAUCAGUUCAGGUUUAGAUUUAGGGGUCGAUUGUGGAUAGUCUCUUCACUAUGGUUGCGUUGCCAGCGGAUGAAACCAUAAAAGAAAAAUUGGUACAAAUUUAUAAAUUUCUUUUAAUAUCAGUUUCAGUGAAACUGAAACUUCAAAGUCCUACUUGGAGCUACUUGACCGGGUUCAGAAGAGAGCGACAAUGUUGUUCGACGAUGGUAUUGUUGGAUACCCAACUCUAUUGCUUCUCUCAAGCACCAUCGGAAUGUGCAAUCCCAUGUCCGCCGGUUGUACGUACCGAAUUGACCUGAUGGAGUUUUUCAUCGGCAAGGGCUGCCGCCUCAGUGUUUAAUACACUGCUACAACAACAACAACAUCCAUCGGAAUGUGCAAUGCAUAUAAAGUAAGAAUCUGACAAAUACACCAAUCGGACAUGCAAACCCCAUAUACCCAUGUGAGUACUUGCGAGUAGAGAAUAAAUCUGACCCACCAUCAAAAAACGCCUAAAACGGACAUAGGGGCCCAUCAUAAGAAAAUUUGUCUUAAAUGAAAAGUAUUUACGCGUAGGGCACGAAUCUGUCAUCAAAAUUUUGGGGCCAAGCUUUUAUUGCCUAUGCUAUGUUAGUGAGGUUAUUUUCUAGUCAAACAGCCGAUUUGAAGUUGGGGGGAAAAACAUUGAAAUUUAUUUCAGAUCCUAAACCAUGGCGGUUAGGUUAGGCAAGGUAGAAGGGCGUAGAACGCUAGUGGAACAACUGUUCUGUCAUAGCCAAUCAAAGCAAAGUAAAGUAAGGUUGAAGGACAUCUCUAAACCGCACUUCCUAGACGCUUUAAUCAGAUACUUUAGACCGAUUGCGUUAGCCAUAAAAGAGGGGAGAAAGUUAAAAAUUUUACAGACAUAUAUGCAGAAUAGCAGGGAGCAAGACAUUUGAACGAAAGAAAAAGGGGAAGGAAAUAUCAAAGCAAAUGACAAACGCGAAGAAAGUUCCACCAGCGAUCGUCUCUAUGCUACCUAACGACAUUACUCAUCAAAGGGAGCUUGCCAUGAAUCGCUACCCCUCUAGCAAGUAUAUGGCUACAACAACAACAACAAAAGUGAACAAAAGCAGGCGGAUAAUAGCGGUGCUUUGUCAAAUCAACUACUUCGGACCAUUUAAGUCAACCACUAGGCCCCUACAGUUUUCCAAAAAAAAGGUGAGGGCUAAGGGUCCAUAGGAAGCGUACACGCAAAUUCUUUGUCUACUCCCCUUUAUUCGCGAAGCAGUGACAAAAAAGUUGCACCGUCUCCAACUGCCCAUCACCAGUGACCUUGCAGAAGUCCCCUUGUCCCCCUGACAUUGUAAUGACCAGUCAAGACUUCUAUCAUUAGUCCGACAUUAAGGUCCCUAAACCUCAGCGUAAGGGACGUCCUGUUCUGCAGGAAAAGAGUUUCACUCAAAAUCUAUGUCUUUUUCAUUUUAUUUGCGAGGCAUUGACACAAAAUUGUCCCUGUAUCCCGCCCGGCGUUGAAAUAAGUCAGCAGUCCAAUAUCAAAAUUCCUUACCUCCUUUCAGCAGCCUACACCAAUAUCUAAUUCUUAGGAACUCUAUGAAGACUACUGCCCCAGUGACCCCCUUUCUAUUUUUUUUUCUACUUGUAUACAGAAGGUCCAGGGAAAGGCGGAUUACUACUCAGGGUCUUAAGCGCGUAAAGGGCGCAUUUAUUAUUCGAUUUCGCCGAAAUUUGAAACAAUGAGUUGAAUUGGACCACCUGAUAUCCGAACCGAGUAUAAUCAACAGCAGAACGUAUUUAGAUAUAGCUGCCAUAUAGACCGAUGUGCUUCAUACGAGGGUUGCCACAUAUAAAUUUCUGGCCUAAUAAUGAAAAUGCAAAUGGUUUUAUUGUGUUUCAAAGUAUACUCUAGCAUAGUUUAUACACUUUUUUAUGCUUUCAAACCAAUUGUCGAAGCACCUUUUCCAUUCCGACUGAGACACCUCCAAAACAUGGUUAUUGAAUGCUUUUCUGGUGAGAAAAAUCAUUGACUAUCCAUUUUUUAUCAUAACGUGUCAUUGGGUGCCAAGUCAGGGCUGUACGUACGGUGGAUGACACAUCUAUUCGACGUUUUGGCCGCUCGAAAAGACAAUGGUUUAGGCCAAUAUGUGAGAGCUCGCAUUGUCAUGGUGAACAAUGAUUCGUCUUCUCUUGUUUGUUUUUCAAAUAUCUCCCAAGAGUUCAGGCAAUCAAACUCAGAUUUGAAAGUCUUACGUUGCUCAAGCGGAACAGUCGCUUCAUGACGAUCAGUUUUGCCGAAAAAACAGGCGACCAAGAACAACUUUAAUUGGAUUGGGCUCAUCUCCUAAGACCCUAAGAAGAUGAGCAAGCUCGUUCCGGUCCAUUUGACCGAUCGGGCGGUACUUUAUGGCCAUUGGUUAUUUAAAAGGGGCAGCACCUCGCCUUGUAUCGAGUAUUAUAGGCACUCAGCAUUUAGGCAAGAGCCAGUACCGGCCAUUCACUGAGAUUUUCCACUCGAUGCAGUUGCAGCUACUCCACUAUUCGCAGCCUGUGGAUCCGCCCGUUAGCUCUCAGCUAAGCUUUCCGUAAUGACAUUGAACACCACACAAAUCGAAGCUGAGAGAGUUCCAACACGUGUGGUUCUCAUACACUGAAAAAAAAUAAAAAUCGGUUUCAAUCACGAAAUUAAUUGAUCCAAAUAAUUUUUUAAUUGAUAUUGCUUCAAUCAUGAAAAUGAUAAUAUUAAUCCGAUUUUGAAAAAGGUUAUUGAAAAAAUGUUCAGUCAAAAAAUAAAAAUCGGUUUCAAUCACGAAAUUAAUUAAUCCAAUUAAUUUUUUAAUUGAUAUUGCUUCAAUCACGAAAAUGAUAAUAUCAAUCAGUUUUUAAAAAAGGUUAUUGAAAAUUUUUUCAAUCAAAAAAAUUGCAUAUUCAACUAAAGUAAUGAUUCAAAAUUUUUGAAAUUUUCAAUUAAUUUUUUAAUUGAUCCAGUUAACAAAAAAUUAUUGAAAUUUUCAAAUUAUCCAAUUAAUUUAUUAGUUGAAUCAAAUAAAAAUUUAAUUGAAAUAAUGCAAAAGUUAUAAUAAAAUUUUUGCGAAAAGCGCGCUGUAUAGGGCGCACCCUCGAUUUCUAUGCAACGGGAGACCGGUUUAUAUGGGAGCUAUAUCAAUUUCUUGACCGAUUUGUUCCUUACUUGGCACACUUCUUGGAAGUGUGCAAAAUUUCAGCCAAUCAGGGCAAAAAUGGCGGCUUGCAGGGCCUCAAUAAGUCAAAUCGGGAGAUCGGUUUGCAAUCUUCAACGACCUAGGUCAAUUAGAAGUAUAUGUGCAAAAUUUAAAGCGGCUAUCUUUACAUGGCUAGUUGGACUCGAUCAAGUAUAUAUACUUUAUGGGGUCCUAGAUCAAUAUUUCGAGGGGUUAAAAACGGAAUGACUAGGUUAGUAUACCUCCAUCCUGGUGGGCAUAAAAACGGUUUUUGUUUAUUAAGAGAAUUCAAAAUACUUGAAGAGAGUAUUUCACACAUACACUCACAUAUAUUUAUUUUGGUCAACGCUGGUUUGGAUGGAGGGAAUUGGGCAUUGCUCAAUUUUUGCAGGUUAUAAAUGUCAUGUUAUCUCAGUUCUGGCAAAGGCAAGACAAAAAUAUAAUUUUUAAUUUAUGUUCAAUAUAUUGUAACUAAUUACUAUUAUAGUUUUGCAUACAUAUGUUAUAUAUACAAUAAUAUAUAAAAACAAACAAAAAACAAAAUGAGCCUAUAGAAAAACAACUAUACCGCUGAUAUAUCUGCAUACAUACAGAUAGAUGGUGAUAUUCAGAAAUGUCAGCAAGUUUCUUGUCAAUAAUCAGAGAUGCUACAAUAGUCCAUUUACAUACAUACAAAUAUAUAUAUAGCAACAAAUUAUAAGUGAAAUCUAAAACAGAAAUUUCAUCCAAAUCGGGAUUGUAAUUAUUUUACGUUUGUUUAAGACCAACAAAUAAAAUGCUUUUGCGGCGGAGUAACAAUUAAAUGAAAAAUUUUUGUGCAAAUAUUUUAUUUAGUUUUUUUUUUUAACAAUUUCUCUCGGAGAUUAAAACACCUUUUGCUCUGUGAUAUUUCAGUGUUUAACUCAACUAACAAUAAUAAGAUUUUUUUUUAUCUCCCAAUAAAACAAAAGUAAGUAAUGAAAAAUGUGUGAUUUCAAAUUCUCAUAAAACACACAGAUCUGAGUAUGGGACAGGAAACAUUACAGCAUAUGCUGAAUAUCAAACAGAUUUUAUUAAAAUAUACAUACAUACCUAUUAUCUUAAAAAAAACCAAAACAAAUCACAAAGGAAAAUGCGAAAUAAUAAAAUAUGAUGUAUUGAAACCAAACACUGAAUGUUUAAAUUAAAGGAACUCAACAAAAACUAAAAUUUAUUACAACAACAACAAAAACAAAAUCGUAUGAAAUAAUCCAACAAUAAUUUAAGUAGAACUAAUCAUCAAGGCAAACUAUAAGAAUAUCCUAAUUAAAUUCAUUAAUAAAAAUCUUGAAAAAAAAAAAAAACAAAACAAACAAAACCCCGUUGCUAAGGAAUAUAAAAUUUCCUAACAGCAGAAGGAGCAGCUUCCAAUGAAGGGGGAGUACAAGUGUAAGUAUAAAACAUAUAAAUAUCCCAGCAAAUACAUAAUGUUUGUGUAAGUUACCACAUACAAACAAUAAUUAAUACUACUUAAAACUUGAAAAUAAAGAACCUCUGCGUUUUGUAGCAAA